AUGGCGGCAAUUGCGAGAAACAACGCGUUCGGUGCCGGGGCUCCCAGCUGGAAUCUCUCAUUCCCAGCUGGUAACAUUACUGCGGCUGAGAUCACCGCAUAUUGCCCACACUGGUUGAAGUCAAUCGACGUCGUCAACCGGUUCCUGAGUCAUGGAGCGCGCACUAUUCACAUCGCAGCGUUGCUCAACGAGUUCCGGACUUUCCCUGAUAACAGGGUAUUUAACACCAACUCGACUUUGGUCAUGAUGUCCUACGCCAUGCGCAAGGCCGGGUUCGACGGGUGGUGCGUGAUGAAGCAUUUCGACUUCUCACGCGAGCACUUCCUCCCGGAGAGCGGACUCAGUGUCACACACUUUCGAACUCCUUGCAUGACCCAGCCCAGGGAUGAGACUUCGGAGGAAGCACACCAUGCAAUCAACCAAGAGGUGUGCCCGGUGGCAUUCAAGGACUUGGCUAGACACGUCAAGAAGCACCCCUCUGGAGAUGAUGCGCUCGACCUUGCACGAUGCGUGCAAUACGCAGUUGAGCACCCGGACGAAGUGUGGCUGUUCCCAACGGACUUCCAACGCCUCACUACAUACCUCGGUGGGCCAGCAACUAUCACGCCCAACCAUCUCGACGAGCAAGUAUUCGCUCGCCGCGACGGCGUCAAAAUUCCCACGACAAAGCGCAAGAGGUCAGCUGCCAUCAAACCGAUCUCUAAGAAAAAGCAGCCCAUCAACCAGCAGCAAACCACCAAGCAACCUACCGGAGUUCGUAGGUUCAUCAACGUCUUGUCCAAGUCAGGUCCAUCGCAGCCGCGAAAGCGAGGAAGCGAUCAUCUCUCCACCAAGGACACAAACUCUGCUGAAGAGUGUGAGGCUGGUCAUGAGGAGAAUGAACCUUUCGGACAGGCUGCCAAGAAGCGUAAGCUCUCCCGCGGUCUCUCAACGUUCAAAUUAUACGUCAACGACGAUCAGUUUCUCCCUGAUGAGACUGGGGCCAGUGAGGGGAUCUCAGUGAGAGACUUCAACCCACCUGAGCAGGAUGAGCUGCCUACAAGUGAGGCUGAUAGGAGUAUCGCUCUACGAAAGGCUCGUGAGGGAAAGUGGGCAGCUGUUGAACCCGGCACUGCUGCUCCUCAGCCCGAUGUAACCUUUGAUCUGCCCUACACACAACCAUGCCAACAGUCUUACGUGCAACCCGACACCAUUACGACGGCGGACCCCCUCCCCGCCCUCCUCACCCCUCCCAUCCUCCCAACCAACCGCCUCCAGAUAACCACCCAAAACCUCCACAAAUACGCCCUACCCCCCUUCCGCUCUCAAGACGACAUGUACACCACCGCCUUUCACUACAAGCGCUUCGGCGGCGCCCGCCAGUCCGCCCCUUACCGCGAGUUGCACAACUUGUGCUGUCUCGACGACAACGACACGGGAGAUUGGGCCGAAAACAUCCGCUUUGCCACGGAGCAGUGGCUGUAUUACGGAAGCAUCUGGACCGAAUUUGAGGGCCAUCUCGAAAAGAUCAGGAGCGCCCGGUUGGCGUGGGGCUGGAAAAGCCCAGAGGCUAUUCGCGCAGAUGCCACGAAGAGCUCUCUGGCCACGUAA